CUUACUUAUAAGGGUCCAAGAUUCGUCGCGAACGGCCGGAGAUUGGAUCGAUCGGCGGCGACCGUUAUCAAAUCUUUCAUAAUGUUUCGGAGGAACAGGUUUCUGUCUUUGCCAAUGGUGGUCGGAGCAGUUGUGAUUGGUGUGGUUUCAGGGAAAGCGAUUUUCGGGCCUCCUCUUGAUCAGUACUGGAAAGAGAAGCUCGAAGGAGAAGAAGCUGUUGUUGCCAAGGAAGUCAUUGAAAAGAGCUCAGAUUCAUCAUCAACCUAAAGAUGUUUGUACUAUUUAGUAUUUACGAGCAGAGUUAUGUAAAUCACUGUGAUUUGAAUUACGGAUCAUAAAGAAGAGCUUCGACAAAUGUUUGCAAGGAAGCAUUGUUAAUGUUUUGUAGUAGGUGAUACAUACCAAAAAAAAAGCAAAACAGUGUAACAAAUGUAGAAAGUGCCU